AUGGAUGGGGACACAUCAGACAUCGAUGUGGACUUGGACGACGUGGACUUCACCAGUGCCAGUGCUCCGAUUGACGAGCAGCUCGUGGUGGACUUGGCUGACGUGUCACUCGAGGCGUCAGACGCUCGCUCGCUGGGCACCAGCGAGGAGCUCGACUUGGGAGAGGCCGGCAUCGCUGCCUUGGAGGCCCGGCUCCGGCUGUCGCCCGCUCUUGGCGCGGCGAGAGCCGCGACUGCCGCAGCCCCUGCUCCGCCUGCGCCUGCGGCUGCCCCGGCCAGCCCGGUUCGCCGGCUCGAGCCGGAGCUGGAAGGUUCCGUGCGAGCUCUGGCAGAGCAGCAGCGCUUGCAAGCACAGGAGCUGGCGGUGCUGCGCCGGCGCGCCCUGAGCGCCGGCCAGAGCGAAGCCCCCGACCAGGCACAGAGCAGCCAAGAUUCUGCCCGCCUGGCCGACAAAGUGCUGCGGGCGGAGGCGGAUGCUCGAGGGGCACGCCAGGAUGCCUUGGCCUACUCUCGCCGUGCACAGGUUCUUGAGGAGAAGUGGGCUCUGGGUGAGCGAGAGAUCGCAGACCUAAAGGCAAAGAUAGCCGCCGAUGCUGAGGAUAGCAGACGUCGCGAGGCCCACCUGGAGGAGAAACUGACCCUGAAAGACACACGAAUCUCGGAGAUGACAAUGAAGCUGGAGACAGCUGUGGAGGCACAUUCUAAACGAGUGGCCUUCCUGGAGGAGAUGCUGGCAUCCCGAGAUGCAAAGAUCCAGGAGCUUUCGGAGAAGCUGGACAAGGACUUUCGCCUGGUACAGCAAGAUGCCGAAGGGCACGCGCGGCGCGUCACGCUUCUGGAGGAGACCCUGGUCCUGAGGGACGAGAAGAUUGCCGAGUUGCAGUCGAAAGUUGACGGUCUCCGCGAGAAGAAGCGCGAGUUGGUUCGGAAAGCGGAACUCGAACAAGUCAGCACAACGCAGGAAGUUCGAGACCAAGUGAAUGCAGAGAUUCGUCGCUUCCAGGAAAAGGCACAGGCAGACAUCGAAGCCGUUCGCACAGGCCUGAAUGCUCUGCAUCAGAAAGAGGUCCACAUGCUCCAGGAGCGCAUCACCGCAGCGGAAGAGCGAUCAAGUGGCCUGCAGUCCCGCUUGGACAACGAAGAGCAGGCACAUCAGGCGCUGCAGCUGUCCGCCAGUCGUGUGCGAGCUGAGCUGCAGAACGAGAUCACGGAACUUACAGGGUCGCUGAAGCUGAGGGUUUUUGAGAUUGAGCGGGCCGCCUUGACCCACGAAGAGGUUAGCGCUGCGCGGCAGAAGCUUGAUGCCGAGAACGAGGCUCUCAAGAAGCAGGUCGAAACUCUUCGAAAGGAGUUCUACAAUCUGGAGCUUCAGUACAAAGAAGGCCGUGCAAGUGAAAGGGCCGAGCUCGCAUCGCUGCGUGAGCAGAUGAGGGGAUACUUGGACUUGGAAAGAGACCUGGAUGCGGCCAUUGCUGGGUGUGCUGAGGCGCCUUUGGCAUCUGCUGAUGCACAGGAGGCACUUCUCAUCGGCACGACUUUAGGGAGUGCCCCAGCGAGUGCGCAGCGGCGGAUCCAGCAAAGCUUGCUUUUAGCCCAAGAGCUGCAGCGACGUUCCCGUGAGCUCCGCCAGCAGACCGCUGCAUCUGAAGAGGCGCACAAAGAAAUAUCCCGGCUGAAGCUGGAGCUGGAAACAACCCAGCUCCAAGUUCGUGCCGCAGGUUUUUCAGAACCGCAGGUCUACUUGCAGAGCUCCCUGAGGGAGUGUCAAGCCGAGGUGUCCCGCGUAAAGUUAGAGCUGAAGUCAUGCAAACAAGACUUGAUGCAGGCCCAGCAGCGGGCUGAGCAUGCACAGAGAGCUCGUCUCCAAGUGGAAGAAGACAUGCGAAAGCUGCUGUCCUCACGGGACUUCUUGCAGCAGCUGAAGCAGGAAAUGGACAGCUUAAAACCCAUCGCGGCGCCUCUGAAGCAGCACGAGCGCACCAUUCGACCCUGGAUUCGGCGAAAGUGCCCGAAAAAGUUGGUUGGAGUGCUCGAGCCUGCCGAGCUGAAGCCAGACUGGAGUGAUGUGGCCGAGAAGGUCAUGCUUGCAGUCAAUCGGCCGAAGCCCGUACUUGCAGGUGCUGGUCUCGCUGUUGCCGUGGCUCUGAUUGUCGCCGUGGCUGUGACGGCCUCCCAGCCACACCCAUCUUUGCCUGAGGUUUUCCCGCCGGAGCACCACCGUGAAGCUGGCAGGCCCAUGAUGCAGAGCUUUGCGCCCUCCUCACUGGCAGAGGAAGAAGCCCCACUCACCAUCCGAAUGUGCGAGCCCGGCCGCGGAUUGGAUUCGUGCGUGCUUCAUUGGUGUGACCUGGAGAACACGCCGAGCAACAAUCUGACAUCCUGGCCGGCAUCUCAAGCCGCAACUUGUAGGUGCUACUCACAGUCCCAGACCACGGCCUCGUGCACAAACAUCAGCCUCUCACUCGUUGUGAGUGGGCCUCGUCCGGCGUCCUUAACGCAGGAUGUGUUGCACACGCAGGCGCUGAGCUUCGUUUCGGCGGAGUAUGCAGAUGCCAACUCCGUAGAGAUCACCUCGGCUACCAGCCGCCGGUUGCAGUCCGUGGUUUUGGAGGACUGGCCGUCCGGGACGACGCAGGUGGAUCCCCUGACGCAGCUUCCUCCAAUAAACCUGGGUUUUGCCACGGCCAGGAGGUCAAGCAGCUCCUGUGAAGACGCGAUCUAUUGCUACUGCAGUCCAAAAUCCUGUACGACACCGUCAGGAUACAGAAGAACUGUCAAUGACCUAACGUUGCCGGCGCCCGCAGAAAGCACGCUCCAGCCACAGGGUCGGCCGAGUUUGGAGGUCAUCGUCCUUUUCGGCAUCUCGCAGCAAGUGGACAGAUCGACACUGAGUGGCACAUUCACGGCGGGGUUCGACUCGAAAUUUGAUCCUGCCAGCCCCUGGUCACAGCGAGCCAUGCUGCGCGUUUGCAACGAACUGCCAUCGGAGCUGAACAUUCUCAGCUCCAACUGCUGGAUUCAAGACUUCCGUAACUGGCUCAUAGGUCGCGGACAGAAGUUUCCCGUCGAUCGUUUUUUGGACUUCCACCUAACUCUCAAGGAGUUCUUGGUGGGUCACCCUUCUGCUGCAUCAGCAAUGUGGCUGAACGAGGCGAACAACCUCACCGCGACGACGUUCACCUUUCAGGUCAUCCCGACAGACGGAGCCGACGCCACCCUAGCGAUGAGAGACCUGUGGCUCAACUACGCCGUGCACUUGGAACCCACAGAACAUGCAUGCGAAUAUGUCUGCAAGAUAGGGACUGUUUGUCUAGGGGAGUGUCAGGUGGGGGAUGUUAGCAAAGGAGCAUUUCCCUAUUUGUGUCUCCGUCUUGGGAAGGGCGGGGGGGUCUCAGAUAGGGGGGGGAAGGAACUUUGGGUCUUUGCCAUCGGCGGUUUCGUUAACCGCCGCCAUCAAAAGCGAUGA